AUGGAGCCCACCACUGGCCUGUUUAUAGGCAGUGGCCUCCCUUUCUUCUCUCUUCCUACGAUGCGGAAAGUUACGUGGGUAUCGCCCGCAUGUCACUUUAUAUCGGAUAUCCGAACUGCUUCCGGCAUCUCGAACUUCUGGGUUCGUGCCAAUGAAGUCAGUCAGAAUGUGCGCUCGCUAUGUUUGGAAAGCGCUCUGAAGGACAUCCCUCCUGCUUAUCCGGCUACUCCAAAUGUCAGCAUUGACGAGUCGGUGUGGAAGGUGAACGAAUGGGGUUUACUGGAGCGCAGAUCAUUAGCUGGAAAACCAAUACCGCGCUCCCCAUUACCAUCACCUUCAGAAUCUAAGCUUAGCGGUAAACCAUCUAUCCCUAGUGCGCACGACUUCCUUCUAUUUGCCGCGAUAGACUACCAUGUCUUCCGCGAAUGGACGGUGCAUAUUGUUCGCAAGAAACAGCGCGUUUUCUCCACGGAGGGAAGCGGGCACCAUUGCGUCUUUGAUGUCUCCAGCGAAGAGGAUGCGAUGCCCAUUGUCGCAGCACAGAUUGUGCACCGUCCUACCUCUCAAAGUAACCUGCGACCGUUCUCCGAAUUCAAAGGAACGUCGGAAGAUGAUCUUUCCCCUUACACACUCGAGAUCGACCGCUUCUGGAAGUCGGACGCACCUGUCUGCCACAUUGAUUUUCAUUCUUACGCACCUCGAGAACAUUCUACGAAGGCUUCACUUCGGGAACUCGCCGGAGCGUAUUUCAGAGUGGUCCAAUAUCUGAAGCAAGAUAAAUACCGCUGUAUGGUGGGUGAAGUUGCUCAAAUUAGUGUAGGGCAGAGCCUCUGGAUCGCAAUCUUGGGAGGUGCACUACUGGAUAAAGGCAGGACAUCCUUCCAGAAUCUCCCGGGUCGGCGGAUUUUGAAGAGUGUCUCUGCUGAUGAGGCAUAUCAGGACAGAGUUGAAGCCGUGUUGAAGGAAAUUGAACCUUGCGUAAAUAAGCAGGUGUUCGACGACAUGGUGUUCAGUGGAGGUGUAUCAAGAGCUCCUGCCAUGCCGCUACUUGUCACGGGUCUGGUAGGGCAGAUACUCGUCUGUUAUUUCCUGGCUGUAGACACAUCUGCAGGCGUAUGGACCAGUGUCGCACUGUCAAACAGCCUCUUUGCCGGGAAACUAACAGAUUUACAUACUCUGUAUUUUGGGAAGACUCAUGACACGGCUGAGCCAGGGAUGAAGAUGCGUCUUCCAAGUAAUCCCUCUCAGCUCAUGGUCAUUGCUACCUUGGAUCGAAGCGCACCGUCAGAAAGAAAACUGCGUCCAGGAUUCCUUCUCAAUCUCCUCGGUCUCAUCGGCGCGACACUUGGCACGGUAUUCCAAAACCAAACCCGAGAUGCUCUCGGUUUCGCGCCCUUUGAACCAUGUCGUCCAUGGGUGGUAUAUACCGCCGCAGGGAUCUCCCUCUCUGCUGCCAGCUUGGUCUUGUUAAUGUUGUUCAAUCAGCAGCGAAGGUCACGCGACUGGUUCAACCAGAGCGAAUUUCCGACACGGAUUGCAGUAUAUUCCACUUUGACUACUGCCCUUGGCAUCUCUGUGCUUACCAUUGUUUUCCGGCUACGAGGAUUAACUCGAUUUUGGCCUAUCCUUGAUGUACUCACUUGGAUUUCUGGUUUGCCAUUGGGAGCAAUAGAGAAUGGGAGGAUGAUAUCGAUAGACAGGAAUAUGUUACAUUUAUUACUCACCUUACGGUGGCUGAUGGGAGCUAUGGCUAGCGCGAUGGGGAGCAGCGAAUGA